UGCUCAGCUGAGCUCUCCCUUGCCACCGAAAAUUCAGAUCAGAGCAAGCGCAGGAGGACGCAGCAGCAGAGCUGAACCGGAGCUGUCGUUUCAGCUUUCCAGGAGAAACACGUGCGUGGCUAAUUCCUCCCCACCUGUCUUUUUUAUUUUUAUUUCCCCCCCUUCCUCCCCACCCCUGCCCAUCCUUCUCCUCCUUCAGAUGCUGAGCCAGCCGGGAGAGGAUGGGGCAGGUGGCCUGGAAAGCUCUGUGCCUGUCGCUGUUCGAUUAUAAGACGGAGAAAUAUGUCAUCGCCAAGAACAAGAAAGUGGGGGUGCUCUAUCGAGUGGUCCAGCUCUCCAUCAUGGCCUACAUUGUGGGGUGGGUCUUUGUGGUCAAGAAAGGCUACCAGGAUGUGGAUACGUCUAUCCAGAGCUCCGUCAUCACCAAGGUGAAAGGCGUGGCUUUCACCAACACCUCUGAGCUGGGCGAGAGGCUGUGGGAUGUCGCAGACUAUGUCAUCCCCCCACAGGGCGAAAGCGUCUUCUUUGUAAUGACCAACUUGAUUGUCACUCCAAACCAACGGCAGGACACCUGUGCUGAGAGCUCUGGCAUUCCAGACGCGCUCUGUUACCGCAACAGCGACUGCAAUUCUGGAGAAGCCGUCGUCGCUGGCAACGGAGUCAAGACUGGCCGUUGUCUGAAGGUUGGGAACAGCCUGAGUGGGACGUGCGAGAUCUUAGCUUGGUGUCCGGUGGAGAAGAAAGGCAGGCCAAAAAAGCCCCUUCUGGCAAACGCCGAAAACUUCACCGUCUACAUCAAGAACUCCAUCCGCUUCCCCCGGUUCAAGUUCUCCAAAACCAACGUCCUUGACACCACAGAUGACAGCUACCUGAAAACGUGCCGCUAUGGACCAGACCAUCCUUACUGCCCCAUAUUCCACCUGGGGAACCUCGUCUCGUGGGCUGGGAGCAACUUUCAGGAAAUGGCCUCGGAGGGUGGUGUGAUAGGAAUUCAGAUUGAAUGGGACUGUGACCUUGAUAAGGCCCCCUCUGAAUGCAAUCCUCACUAUUCUUUUAGCCGGCUGGAUAACAAGUUUGCAGAGAAAUCCGUCUCGUCAGGAUACAACUUCAGGUUUGCCAAGUAUUACCGCGACGCAGCCGAUGUUGAUUUCCGGACUCUGAUCAAGGCGUACGGGAUCCGCUUUGAUGUCAUGGUGAACGGGAAGGCGGGGAAAUUUAACAUUAUUCCGACAGUCAUCAAUGUGGGAUCAGGUGUUGCGCUGAUGGGAGCGGGGGCUUUCUUCUGUGACCUGGUGUUGCUGUACUUCCUCCAAAAGAGCAAUUUUUACCGAGGCAAAAAAUACGAAGAAGUAAGGAAACCCGUGCCAGAAGCAAAUAUCAACGGAGACCAGAGUUCUGACUCCCUCUCCAGGCUAGAUCACCUGAGGCAAUUGCAGACGGUUGAGACCUAACGCCAAGGCCACUGACCGGCGACCGCACUCCACUAAGACUUCAUGGGCCGGGGAAACUAAGCAAUCCAUGACGCCAGAGCCAUCGUUUACCUCACGGAUAGACAAUGGAGACCAGGAGGAUGCGGUUAACCCCAGGCCUUUCACAGCUCCCCAAAGCCUUAUUUUCUGGUGACGUUCCGCCAUACCCUGAGCCAUCUACGUCACUCAACACAGGAUUUAACAUUUUUAAAAAAACUAAAAAUCAAAUGCCAAAGCGACCUGCCUAUAUAAUUCCGCAGUGGAGAUGGUAGAAGUUAGGUAUCCCCUGUGUUGCCAUCUUGAAUAUACCUGAGGUCCAUCCAUCUUGGCCCAAUUGUUGGGCAGCCAUCUUGAAUACAGCAGGAUCGAUCCACCUCAGUCAGUAGGGCUACUUAUUAUUUCCAGGCCUUUGUCCUUCUACAGACAGAAUAAUCAGGACAUAUCCUUGGCAUUCCUGACAGACAGAAUAUAUUAAUAUUCCUUGGAGCAACGCACUUGGCUAGUGAGAUUUCAGUCAACUGCUUUUCAUCCAGCCAAGUCUUCUCUCCUGCAAAUUAGCCUGUUUUAAACUGGAGGGCCCCAAACAAACUGAGGUGGGAUUUUUUUUUAAUUUUCUGGAUUUUAUGCCUUCGCAGGGCAAGGCAGGACCCUCCCUCUCCGAAGAAAUGUUCUGUGGACUUCUGCAGGUCUUGAAAAAUGUUUCAUGACCUCAUCAAUGCAGAUAACAAGGUGAACAAGAAAUAGAUCGAUUCGAGGUAACCUGUUUACGGAGCUUUCAUCCUGAUUUGUUGGCAGGGAGGUUAGAUGACAUUUUGUGAAGCAAAACGACUUCUUUUAUUGUAAAAUGUUCGGUUGUUAGGGUAUGGCUGUGCCAAAGAGCUCCAGAUCAAAUUGUGCAGCCUGAUUUUGCCGGCAUGUGAUGGGAUCUCACUGGAAAAAUAGCAACAGGCUGCAGAGUCACACCCUUAAAUAAGAAAGCUAUGUACAGAGAUAGGUUCCUGAAUGCGGGAUCUGCAGAAAUCUCUGUCCUCAGAGAGGUCUUGGUUGACACCCAGAUCGGUGCCAGUGUGACAUUAUGCUCUGUCAUUUAAUGGGCGCAAAAAACCCACAGGCUGCUACGUUUUGCCCAACUUGAGAAAUCAAGAGAUGGCGCUAGGAUUUUGAAAGACGGAAUAAAUCACCACGUCGAGAGGACUGAGUCAUCCCCACAUACCCAGCAGCCUGGGUGAGCUGGUUUGAUGACAUUUCAAAGGAAGACUCUGUGUCCUUUUGUUUCGUAACCCAUCUCCCGGGUUCAGUCUUCCUAAUUAACUUUCCAUCCUCGCAUUUCGCAAGAAUCGAGAAACUGUUUUGACUUUAUUCCUCUCCCCGCCCCUCUUAUCCCCUUUCUUUACAGAUGUCUUUCUUUCCUCUUUAUUAAGAGCAAGAUCUUCGGACUUCCAUCGCAUAAUGUUUCAGUAACAGAAAGAGAAAACAUGCUUGUUUUUUAGGGCAGAUCCACACGUACACAUUUGACAUAUCCAGUCUACAUGUAAAGUACAUUACUUCCUCCUAAGAUUCCUGGGAACUGGAGUUUGUUAAGGGUGCUGGAACGAAAUCUACAGUUCCCAGGAAUAUAUUGGGGGGGGGGGAGUCCUGUGCUUUAAAUGUGCAAUGAAUAUGCUUUGACCAUAUAGUGCGGCUCUGCCCUUAAUGAUUGACAGAUUCUCUGUCGCUAUAAUGAUGGGGUCCUCGCUGUGGUGUCUGUGGGAACAAAGGCACCCUCACACCCUGCCAAGGCUUUUCCCUAUUUUUUAAUUUAAAAGCAAGUUUGGAGGGUUUUUUAAGGGGUUUCCUGCUUUUUUUAAUGGGGUGAUGGACAGGCUGUUCGUCUGUGCUUUGGAGUGUCUUACAGAGGGGUCUGAACACUGUCAGGUUUAUUUAUUUUUGGUCAGGGGCUGACAAUAGUUUCUUAGAUUUCCAGGUGUGCCCCUGGGUCCAAAAAGAGUUAGGACUCCUGUUCUAAUUAGUGGUGUGUGUGCAUGGAGGACAGGGGGGGGAGAGGAUGUUUUAAACAGGAAUGCUCAUUUCUCUCUCAUGUCUCAGUAUUAAUCUUUGCUAACUGUGAACAAAAUAUAGCAAUGAAUGCCAUAACAAAGAUGCUUUUAUAGGAAGUUUAAAUAUUUAUACGCAGGGCUGUGCCAAAUAUUUCCCCCCAUCUGCUACUUCCCCUUCAUUGAAUUAGCCACAUGGGCAAUCCUACCCAAUCAGGGAUCACAUAGUGAAUGUGAUGACAUCAUGAUGCUGUGUCUGACAUGAUGAUGUCACUGGACAUCAGUGAAUAAGGUACUUGCCCAGGGGUGGCUAGUCUCCACCCUGAGGGCCUGAUCCACCUCCUUCACGCAAAGUUUUCUGGCCCCCUCAAGAUCCCAGAUACUGACAAGCUCUGGCAAAAAAAAAAGGUAUUAUUAAAAUCAUAGUCUGUCCUUCCUACCAAAGGAGCCCUGGAUAAUUUGUGUUUGUGUGUAGAUUAGAUUUCAAAGCUCUCUAUGAAGAGUCCAGGGUGUGCGGCUGUUGUUGUAUUUUGCAGAAUUAAUAAAGGAAGCCAAUUAUCCACCCUGGAGCCUGCCUUCCAUAUGUGGAACUAUAACUCCCAUCAUCCCUUGCACAUGUGGCUGGGGCUGAUGGGAGGUGCAGUCGCAAUGUCAAGGCUCCGUAAUGAACGUAAAAAGUGGUGCAUUGAUCAGUGUGAGGGGAGAGCCAUCUCAUCCCAUUAGAAAGGACCAUACCAGUAGCCUAUGUCUAAAAUGCUCACUUGCGCGAUCACAGGUGCUGCCUCCCACGCCCUCGCUCAGAAUGUACUUUACAAAGCCAAUGCAGAGAAAGGACUUUGGCACAUUUAUAAAAGGUAUGUGCAUCUGCAUUGUCCGUGUGAAGGAUUGGGGCGUUCUCAGGAAUGGUCCCCGGUCCAAAGCUUCUGACACACCCGAGACUCGUUGUAAUGUGAAUACAGAUUGCUGUGAAACAAA